AUGGAAGCAAGAAAACUGAGACCCUACUUUCAAGCCCACGCUGUAACAGUAUUGACAGAUCAACCGUUAAGACAGAUUCUACAGAGGCCAGAGUGUUCAGGAAGACUGACUAAGUGGGUAGUUGAGCUCAGCAAAUACGAUAUUAGCCUCGAGCCUAGGAAGGCAAUAAAAGGGCAAGCGUUGGCAGACUUCAUAGUGGAGUGCACUCACUCACCUGCGAUAGAAAAAGCUUGCUCGGAAGCAUGGAUGUUGUUUGUGGACGGGGCAUCUAACGCGAAAGGAAGCAAGGCGGGGGUUGUAUUAAUCUCCCCCGAAAAAGAGAUGUUAGAGUACUCCCUACACUUCAUCUUCCCUAGCUCGAACAGUAUAGCGGAAUAUGAAGCAUUGUUAGCUGGAAUGAAGUUGGCAGAAAAAUUGGAGGUGAAAAACUUGACGGCCCAUAGCGACUCGCAAUUAGUGGUACAACAGUUCCAAGGCACUUUUGAAGUAAGGGAACCACUAUUGGCCCGUUAUUUACAGAAGGUGAAGGAACUCGCUCCUAGAUUCGAACGCUUUGAACUCAUACAAAUCAAUAGGUCUCUUAACCACCACGCUGACGCACUGUCCAAACUGGCCUCCGCUCGAGACACCUCCGGACGAUUGAUUCACAUGGAGGUCCUACAACGACCGAGUGUGGAAACAAGUGAAGAAGGUGUUCAUUGCGUUGAUAUAGUUGACGAUUGGAGAACACCGAUACUGAAAUAUCUGCUUAACCAGGAGCUUCCAGCGGCGCCCUCGGAAGCAAGAAAGUUGAAGACCAAGAAAGCCCGCUUUACAGUCAUCGGCCAAGAGCUGUAUAAGAGAGAGUAUUCAGUACCUUUACUCAAGUGCUUGGGGACACGGGAGGCAGAUCAGGCCCUGGAAGAAGUUCACGAGGGAGACUGCAGUGAGCAUCUCGGUGCCAGAGUGUUGGCUGGGAAAGUCCUACGAGCAGGUUUCUUUUGGCCCACCCUAAAACAAGACGCAGCCCAGAAAGUGCAGACAUGUGAUAAAUGCCAAAAGCACGGCCCUCUAACAUUACGACCCCCGUCAUCUAUCCAACCGAUAUUUCAGCCGUUGCCGUUUGCACAAUGGGGGCUAGACAUCUUGGGCCCGUUCCCUAUGGCGUCAGCACAAAGGAAAUUCUUGUUGGUGGCCACGGAUUACUUCACAAAGUGGGUUGAAGCUGAACCGUUAGCAACAAUAACUGAGAAAAAGGUAGAGGGGGUGAUAUGGAAGGACAUAAUUUGCCGCUUCGGAAUACCCCGUAUUCUCAACACGGAUCAUGGAACGUAG